GCGAGGAGUUCUGAAUGACAGUAAAUACCCGCCAUAAAUAAAAUCGAAAGCAAAAAAUGUCAACAAAGCUGAAUUUAGUUGUUGCUGCUUGUAAUAACAGAGGUAUAGGGAAAGACGGACAAUUGCCAUGGCGAUUGAAGAAGGACAUGGAAUUUUUCAAGAAAAUUACAACACAGACAAAAGAUGCAGAUAAAAAGAAUGCAGUAGUGAUGGGGAGAAAGACAUGGUAUUCAAUCCCAGAGAAAUUCCGUCCACUGCCAAACAGGAUAAACAUUAUUUUGAGUACAACCAUGAGCCAUGCACCAGAGGGGACAUAUGUAGCUAAAUGUUUGGAUGAGGCUGUUUCCAUGGUAACUGGUAAUGGCAUCCUAGCUGACAAAGUUGAAGGUGUUCACAUCAUUGGAGGGAGCUCUGUGUAUAAAGCAGCCUUCGAGUCUAACUACCCCUGCAGAAUUUACCUGACCCGUGUGCUGGCAGAUUUUGACUGUGACACAUUUCUUCCAGAAUUCGAUCUCACUGUGUUCAAAAAGAUUGAAAACUGUGAAGAUUUGCCAAAAGAAAGAAUGACAGAGAAGAAUAUAGACUUUGUAUUUGAAGUAUAUGAAAAGAUACAAAUUUUAACCAGUGUUCGAGUCAAGAACGAGAUGGAACAACCUGGAUUUUACGUAAUGGCUGCCAUGUGCCGAGGAAGAGGUGUUGGAUACAAAGGAAAGCUGCCUUGGCGUCCGCUCAAAAAAGAUUACGAUUAUUAUAUGGAACUGACCUCACGGGUAGCCUUUGCAGGUAAAAAAUGCGUCAAUAUUCAAGGAAGAAAAACUUGGGAAGGCACAGGAGACGAACAAAGAAAAAGGAAAAACGUGUUUAACAUUGUGAUAACCAGAAAAGCUGGGGAAUCUCUGCAGAAAGACCCGGAUGUUCAUAAAACUGUGUCCUCGUUGGAUGAAGCGGUACAGUUCUGCCUCAGUCCGGAAAACAGAGAACUCUUUGAUGUAGUCUGGAUAUUGGGUGGCCAAAAAGUUUAUGAGGAGGCAAUAGAAAGUCCUUUUUGUAAAAGGAUCUAUUUAACAGAAGUAUUAGAGGAGUUUCCUGCCGAUACAUUCUUUCCAUACUUUGAUGAAGAACUAUAUAAAGAGAUAAGUUUAUCAGAUGUGCACGAAGAAGGCGGUGUAAAAUAUCAGUUUAAAGUUUAUGAAAGAUUAAAGUUGUAA